AUGCUCGGCUUCCACUCCCUUGACCCGGUAAAGCUCCUGCCAGGGACCAGUAGCAGGAAGACAACAAUAUCCAGGCCCAAGCAUACUGCUGCUGAGGGCACCCAGAAGACAUUGACAAAUGGAUCUGUGAACUAUCAUGGCAACAACUCAAAUCUUUCCGAAAGAGAUGCCGGACCGGAGAAGACCAUAGUGCCGAAGCAGGAGACAACUCACGAGUCGGGGGGAUACAAGGCAGACGGACAUGUGGCAACAUCCCGCCAUCUCUCGGAUCAAGCCAAGGCAUAUACAGAGCUUGGGCUACGCAAUGAGGCCGAGGCUGGUACUGCAUCAAUCGGAUGGACCAUCCGUCCGGUCAAAUCGAACCCCCCUCGCCCGGAGCCACCACGAAGAUCAUGCAGCAGCUCGUCGCUGGGCCAUGAUACGAUUUGCAUACCGUCCCGACCAGAUGAGAGCCAUAUUGAAGCCGCUUCAACAAGCAGACCGGAUGAGAGUUCUUACAACAUGAUCCCAUACAGGCGAGAUGCGAAGCUGGUCAUCGCUUACCUUGUGCCUCUACCUCAGCCCAAUGUGCAAAGCCAAGAUGGUGUUAUUCCUCCAAGAUAUUUUCUUUAUGUGCCACCGCCACCUCAUCUGAUGAAGCCGAAGCGCGGCGAGGAAGAUCAAGUCCACAAGCUAAAGCGACUUCACCAGCAGAACGAGCGUCGUGCGGAGCCCAGAAUAUCCAAUGGCAAGUGGGUUACAGCAAGGGGUAUCCACGGCAGGAUGACUAGGACGGCUGUCCGGUUUCUCGACACUCUCAAGGACGACAACAUUACUUUCCUAUCCCGCGUGCAUCCGAGGACAGUGAGACACUUGGUUUUGAUACACCCACAAGAUAGUAAGAAGAAGGCGAUGAGGAAUAGCAUCAUCAGCGCCGCAGCUUUCUUACCUAUGCUGGCAAUCAACACUGCGGCUAUGUUCUUCGCUGGUCAAGCAGAAUUUGCUAGCAUUGGGCUACUCCUGAGCGUCGGUGCAUACCAGGUGGCCCGACUAGUCACAACAAAACUGGGGCCCGACCCGAAGAUGGUGGAUAUCACGCAGGAGGAGCUUAUUGACGAUGCGCAACAGAUUUUGGGAAAGAUAUCAAAGCCACAGCAAGAGAAGGAAAGAACUCGGUUGAACAUGGAUCAAAACUCAAGUUCUACGAAAGAAGAGAAGGACACGAGCCGCACACCCCCCAAGCGGCAAAACCGUGACAUCAAGAACGACCUCAGGAAUGUAGCAAUGAAAGCAGCCAAGUCUUGGAACGAGCAUUGCCGGCGGUACACCAGAAGACCCAGGAAGCUGCAGAAGAAAAACGUCUCGAGAUCUCAUGAUGCAGGCUUUAAAAUCGAGAAAGCAACCAAAAUCGCAGUCUCAGAGGAGCGACUGGCACCGGUCCGCACACAAGUCCACCAAAAGCAGGCCAGCAAGACGAAACGCAAAGGCCUCCACGACGGCUUCAGCAAUAGCCCAGUUAAAACAACGGCCCUGAAUAGAGUCUGUUUCUUCAAGGCCACACAGAACAAGAAGCAGAACAUGACAAAUGCAAAUGAAGAGACGAGGCCGCAGGCGGAAAGGACAAGGAGAUCUGGAACAAUGCAUCAAUAUCUCAGCCGUGGGACCAGUGCUGCGAGACGCAGUCUGAAGACAUGGAGUGAUGCAUUGAGAGAGCAAGUAAAGGCACCGAUGAGAAACAGAAACUUGAGCGAGAAGAACGCCCAUGCGGCUAAAACAACAUGUCAUGAACCUAUGACUGGGGCUGAGGGCUCAACAGGGAUCAAUAACGGGACCGCGAAAGGCAAUGAUUCAAAGCGACGCCGUUUGUGGACCAUUUUCCCACCUUGCAUCGUCGCAGUCAUGGGCAGGGCCACAUCCAAAAAGGAUAACACAACGGAAGGUAUCCAAGCUUGA